AUGAUACCCUCAAGAUGCUGCACCUGGACGCUCCGACUUACAACCUCAGCUCAUCGCUCUGUGGCGCGCAACCAGAAGCGGUUCAGGGCCUUUGUGCGGAGAAUCGACAAGAACAACGAGGUGUACUACACGAUCGCCAACAAGCGGCCCCCCAAGUCCCCGGAUGCCAUUCCCGUGAGAGACGACUUCUUCGAGAUGCCGGAUCUGCUGCUGGACCUCGAUGCGGAGGAGAGUCCGUUCGUGCGCCAGGCAGACGAGUCCGAUGAGCGGCGGCUGGAGAGGAGAUGGGACGUCAACCCGAAGAGAGUCCAUGCCCAGAAACAGCUCGAGGCACUGCGAGAGCAAAUCGCCGAGUCGCGGCGGAGAGCAGACGAUGUCUUGUCGAAUCCAGCGAACAUCUGGAGACUCAGCCCUCAUGAUGUUCUCUCAGCGGCUCUUCGCUGCCAAUCAAGGACCAUCGACGACGCCGACUUCCCUGCGACGAGUUCAAGACUCUCUGCGACCCCUGGGGAACUGGCAAUUAGGCAGGACUCGGGACUUGUCGAGGUGCUUUGCCGAGAGAAUGGGAUUCCUCCCCAUGCGUUGCAAGAUGACCAGGUCCUGUUGGAGUGGAUGGUGUUGCGGUACAAGAACCUCCAGCGCACCAUCACAAAUCGAAGCGAGCAGCCGUUGUCGCCGUCUGAGUUGACUGCUGCCUUAAAGGACCAGACAUCCAUCAACGGCAUCCGUCGACUGGUGUUUCACUCCCUGAGCUCCGAAGGGGCGGCAAAGACAUACUUCAUCAUCAAGCGAAAGGAUGCCAGCGAGGAUUCGACGAGCACAGAGGACUACGUCCCGCGCGCACUACGCAGCGCCUGUCUCCAUGUUCUGAGUCAACAUCCAGGAAACAAAGCGGCCGCCCAUCUGGAAAUCCUGAGCCUCAUUGGGAAUCUAGCCGCGAGACUCUCCUCCGACGGCGUAGCGCUCCCUUCUACUCUGACCGGACUGGCACUUCGGCUCUCCGCAUCAGCGGGCAUUAUCCAAGCGGCAUCUGAAUGGCUGCACCGGGGGUUUCAGGAUCGUUCAUGGGAAAGGCGCGCUGCCUCGGCAAACGACAUUGAAGAUGCGCUGAGGGUGUUUACGCAGCAUCUGAGCGGUCGAGGGGAUGGUGUUGGUGGUGGUGGUGGUGGCUUAUACACCGUUCACGAUCGACAAAUGCUUCUGCAGCUGCUGACCGGCAUCGAUGAGCAUCAUGCGAUAUCGAGCGAGUCCUUCCGCUCUCUCGCUCUCUUCCAUCUCGGCGAACAGAGCCGGGUUUCUACAGCUCAAGCAUACGGCAUGUACGAAUCGUACAUGGCACUCCUGGGCCAUCUCGGGGCUUUGCGAACAAUUUGGAAAGAAUGGCACGUCUCUCGGCCCCUCGUGUCCCGUUUCCUGAACCCAAACGACGGCCACGCUCAACGGCUUGCUCAGCUCUUUGAAGCGUCGUUGCAGAUUGCGCUCAGGAGAGCCGUCCUGCAGCCGGAGGAGACGAGAUGCCCGCCCGAUAUGGAGCUGGGCGAGUGCGUUGCGCUGGACUACCAUUCGAUUGGUUCGCAAGAGCCCGAUUCGGGAACGGUCGACGACGUGAGAGGGAUGGCUGAGGCGAAACUGUCUACAGGUGGUGACCUUUUGGGCUUGCCGUCUUUCGAUUUGACCCUUGACGAAUGGCUAGUGAAGCUUGAGGAGACCACUCGCCAAAGGCCUUCUUCAUCUCAGUGA